CACGAGGACCAGGAGUGUUUCACGGGUGGAAAUCUGCCCACCUUGCUCCACGGUGAUGUCCUGGAGCGCGGCGAGAGGGGGGCAGCACCAGCGGCCAGCUUAGCAAAAGACGCCCCGGAGAAGAUGGGCCCCGAGAUAGCGAGCACGACCGAGCUCGACGGCGGUCUGAUCGAGGUCAUAACCACGCAGAAGUACUUCCCAGUCACGACGAAGCCCAUGCUCAGCAUAGCGCUGAGGCAGGCUCGAGUCGAUAGAGUUACAGACGCGCCCGACGUCGCGGGCACGCAGCCAGCGGCGAAGGCGAAGGCUCGCACCAAGGCACGGGCCCGCGCCGCCGAGGCGCACCAGGCGCUUCUACCCGAGGAGCGGGACAAGCAGCAUAACGCCCUCGCGGCGUACGAGGUGGGAGAGGUGGCGCCGCUGGCGAUGAUCUCGGAUUGUCACGAGGAGGGCAAGGUGAAGCUCGCAGCAUGGCGCAACAUGGCGAGUGCGAUGGCGUCGCUGAUCCAG